AUGUCUGUUUGCAACUUCCGUAAGAGCCGACGUAAACACUGUAAAUACAGAAUUCCUUCAUCAGAUUUGUCAUUUGUAAACAGACAGUCAAUUCUGGGUGAAAGGGGCCGGAAAAAGAGAACAGAACAUCUCUCAAGGGAUACUAAGAAUCUCCUAAAAGAACGAGGGGAGAUUAAAAAGAAACCCAGUACUGCUGAGAACCGUGCUAAGUACUCGCGGAUUAACGGUCUUGUUAGGCAGAACUGUAAAAGAGAUGAUAAUGCUUGGGCUGUUAGAAUAGCUGAGGAAUUAGAAGAUGCUGCCAAGCAGGGUCAACAAAGAGAUGUUUGGCAGAAAAUAAAAUCCCUAACAAACAAGAGAGUAAACAGAUCUGCGGCAGUGCGGGAUAAGAAUGGGACGCUUAUAUCAGAUCCCGAAGCUCAAUCACAUCGCUGGGCCGAAUAUUUUGAAGAACUCUUGACGCCAGCAGCAAAUGCGGUGGAUUUCUCUAUAUUGGAUCAGGAUGAAAAGUUACUUUCUUUUGAAUACCUUAGUAAUGAUGAUGAACCACCGUCCUUGUUUGAAAUUGAGGAAGCUAUCAAGAAGUUGAAGAACUGCAAGAGUGCUUGA